AAUGAAGUCACCAGUCGUCGUCGCGCAUUCCAUUUGGCACCCUCUUCUCACUCCAUUUGAAACUCUCUUUGCUUGACACUGACCCUCAAUAACACCUACAUCUCCGAGUAUGCAAUGUGGGGUUCCGCCUCUGCCCAUCUUUGCAGGACGAAGGGAGCACAUCUUACCCACCUCUGGACAGGGUCGAUCCACGGUGGACAACCACCGACAACAUGGACGUGGUUGAAGGUCUGCCACGGCCUCCAAUGAUACCCGUAUGCCAAAGGUGUCGACAUCGGAAACAGAAAUGCGAUUCCGACAUAAUCGGCUGCAAGCCUUGCAUGCGGUCCGGAAACGAAUGCUAUGUUGAGGAUCCUGACACUGGAAGGAAAGUGCCUAGAGCAUAUGUUCAACGCUUGGAGGACCAUGCCCAUAGCCUACGCCAGGCUGUGAGGAACCAGACCACUAACCAGCAGUCCAAUGACCUCUCGGUACCAGCAAUCAUCUCCGAACAAAGGCCAAAAGCUCCUCAGGCGCCGAACAGACGCUAUCUCGGCACAUCCAGCGGCAUCUCCUUCAUUGAAUAUGCCAUCACCUUUGCAAAGACACACAAAAUCCUCGAUAGCUCCCAGAAUCCUCCCAAUCCGGCGCAGUCUAAUCUCGAUCGUGAAACAGUGUCGAGGCUGUUCGACUAUUUCUCAAUCACGCAAUGGUACUACAGAAUUAUCACCCGCGACGAAUUCGACCACCAUCUUUCUCUCUUCUUCUCCGAUGUGUCUAACGAGCAUGUCGAUUCAGCCAUCGUUGUCCACACGAUCUCCGCCAUUUCCACGUUUUAUCUAGGUGCGAUCGAGGGGAACGCGAUGGCAUCCAAUCUUGCCGAGAUCCAGUACGAAAAAGCCCUUCAUUUACUGCCGACAAUUUUGCCAUACCGAACAAUCGAGACUCUACAAACUAUCCUUCUCGUCCUCCUGUACUCAUUCCUAAAUCCUCAAAAGCCUGUCACAUGGCAUUUGUUGGGUGCUGCGCUACGUCUUGCAACCUUUCUGCGUCUACACGAGGACAAUGCCGCAACGGACUCGACAUAUAGUGCCAAAGACGCAAACGUCCGACGGAACCUGUUUUGGACUCUGUACAGCAUCGAUCGCGCCGUUGGCAACACCCUCGGUAGGCCAACGGCAUUGCAAGAUGUCGACAUACAAACACCUUUCCCCGAACUUAACAUAGAUGGCACCCAGGACUCCUACCCAGCUGCAAAUGCCGCAAUUGCCAGUCAUUGUUUCCAGAUUCGAAGGCUACAAAGUGAGGCCGCUGAUGUGCUGUAUCAGAAAAUCAGACCCAUGGCACCUGACUGGCCUACAGAUAUCCAGCAGCGAGUAGGUCAGUGGCUGAUCGAUGCCCCCAUGUCGCAAGCCUCGCCUCAGAUGCAAGAGUGGAUCAACCAUGCAUAUUACAACCUGACCAUGUUCAUCAAUCGGCCAUCCUUGAUUAGUGCAACUUCUUCCUUCGAAGGAGCUUCCAAACGAUCUUUCGCGUCAGCAUCCAAAGUUUUGAAACUCUACGCCCAAAUGCACUCGCGUAAUGCGAUCGACUAUCCUGAGAUAAGAAUCACUGCAGACUGGAAAGAGAUCAACGAGGAUCUACAAAGGACACGCAUGGUGCUCUCAGCCAUGGUAGAGCACUGGCGAUACGGCAAAAGAAUUCUCGACAUUUAUUGCCAGUUAUGCGAUGGGACUAUUCGCCUCUUUGUCCAACUAGUUCCUAUUACUGUCGGGGAGCAAAACUUUGAGCAAAAGCCAGCACUCCAGGAUCCCACGGACACCACAGAGGCGCUAGGCAUCAAUCCAGCACCGCCGCUCACAGAGCUCAUGGAUGCAUCGUUUCAGUUUCAGGAUGUCCUCAUGAAUGACGACCUUGAUUAUUGGCUGGAUCAGCCCAUUGCUGGAUUUGGAACACCUGGCGGGCCCGACGUUUACUCGGGCGCGAACGAUGUAGGAAGUGAAUUGGACCCAUGGUUGUAUCGGAUGUGA